UGAAAGAGAUCAGAGAAAAUAAAUUUAAAUUUAGUGCAAAUAUUCGUAUUGACUUGUUUAUUGUUGAAAAUUAAAAUACUCAGUGUUGUGUUGUUAACUAUAAACUAUAAAUCAAAAACUAUCAACUAAAAACGAAAAUGAAUUCAUUAAGAUUGGUCAACUAUUUUGAAAAGCAAGCCAAGGUCAGCAGUAGAUUGCGAGAGCUAAUGGCGAAAGCUGCGCAAUAUUUAUUACGAAAAGAUGAGACACGCAAUUUUGGUGCUGCACUCUUUCAGGAGGGUUUAACUGCCACAAUGGACGUGUAUGAAUUGGAAGGUAUUUUAGAACAAUUAAACUUACGAUACCAACAAAAGUGUGCAACACAAGAACUUAUGCACACAACUUACAAACAUUCGAUAGAACUUUGUGUUCAAGUGCGAAAUCUCGAUUGGAAAGCGCAACUGCAUUGUAAGCUGGAGUUAUUGCAAUUGCAAUGUCAAAAUGAAAUGCGCGAACUGAGUGAAGAGUAUGAGGCCGAACGACAACGCAGAAGUGUAUUAGAGCAACGACCAAUAGUUCAAAAAGCGCGGAUGGUAGAGGAUGAAGUGAGAAAUAUGCAGGCGAAAAUAGAAGAUGGGAGAGAACGUGCGGCUGCAGAACAAGCCAUAUUAUUGGAGCAACUGAAAGAGUUGCAAAACGAGCGUAAUGCUAUAAUUGUUUACUUAGUGGAAGCAAGCAAGCAAGUACCUGAUUUAGAAACAGAGCUUGAAACCAUGAAGGACACCGAUAAUCAACGUAUGAAAGAAUUGGUUACGCAAAAGCAGGAACUACUUGCAAAACUACAUGGGAAGUUCCGCGAUUCCACCACUCUAAGCGAUGUGGAGUUGAGUCCAGAGCAACCACAAUCAACCACAACAAAGCUUGAAGCACUUCCCAGCCUGGGAAAUGUCAACAAUGCUAUUGUCUGUGAUAAGCGUAAAGAAAUAAGCUUCAUAGAACUUUUCAAGGAAUGGGAAACUGAGAGACAAUUGCAGUUCCAGCAGCUUAGCUUAGUCGAAAACGCGUCAAUCAUUAUGGAUAAGAUGUGGACCAGCUUGGAAGCAAACGAACUCAGCGUAGCAAACAAUGAUAUUUCAAAUAUCACACCACGGUCUAUAUUACGACGUCCAAGCAUUACAGAAGAUGAGGAUAACAGUGCCGUGAUACCAAAGAAACGUGUACGUUUUGCAACACCAGAAAUGGAGACUAUGGAAGAUGCAUUUAUGUCAUCGACUACUUCACGGGCUAUUGAAGGUGUGAAUUGUGCCGAUGAGGAGGAAAGGGAGAAUCAAAAUCAUACCUUUGUGAUCGAACAGAAUAAUUCUUUAUUGAAUGGUGCUACUGAGACCAUCGAAAUUUUCAGCACUGGUGAAAUAGAAGAAGCGGAACAGAUGCGCAAGGAAGAGCUGACGAAGCAAACGCCGAAAAAGUCAGAAUUCACUAAAGCCACCAAACUUGUGAAGAAAGCGCGACUAUUUGGCUCCCAAAGGUUAAAUAAAACUCAAAAUAUCAAAACCACUGCCGGCGAAAAGCAAAAAAUUGAAAUUCAAGAAUGUCGCAUCAUCAAGCCGGCAGGCACUAAAUUGCCCACUAAAUUACCCCUCACACUUACGCCAGAGCCAGAGCCAAAAGCACCACCUGCCAACCCGCUGAUUUCAUCGGCUGCCACUUUGCCAGUAACAACAAAUCAGACGUUUAAGGUUCCACUCAAGCCUACAAAGCGUAAAUCUCGCAAAAUGCCUGAUUGUCAAACAUUUUUCCGGGAAUAUCUUGAACAAUCAUACGAAGAAAAUUCUCAAAAGAGUACUGGUAUAGAUUCAAUUCCAAUCAUUACUGCUGAGCCCUUGCAAGCGACUGCAAAGUAUACACCUAAGCGUAAGAAGAUAGACAUGAAUAUUGAUGCUUUUUGCUAUGAGCCCCUUAUGAGCCCCAAUGAGAGCUGUGAUGCUGCUGAAAAUGAUGAUUUUCUACAGUUUGAUAUGAAAUUCAAAUUCGAUGAAAAUCAAGGAUUGCUCGGCGAUAGCGUUGAUGACUUUUUUGGCGGACAAGUGAAUGAUGAUAGAGAUGAUGAUAUGUUGUCAUUUGACUUUAGUGAUGAAAACGUUGAGGAGAACUCUAAAAUGGAUAUGUUUUUCUAAAUUUAAUUGCAAAUUCCAACGAAUUUUUUCGUUAUGUUUUUAUCUUUUUUUUUCGUACAAAUAUGAAUUUAAUUUGCAGAUUAUAAAAAAUUGCCUUUGUUCUAAAACAUAA